GACCCAUUGGACAAGCUGAGAGACGAGUGUGCCACUCUUCCAGCUAUCAAGCCAUACGUCCAUCACUAUGCCGAGUGUGUUGAGAGAGUGACAAAGGCUCAGGAGUCUGAUGACUACGACCAACUCGAGUACAAGGAGGACUGUGUUGAGGAGUUCUUCCACUUGCAACACCACAUUAACGACUGUGUUCAACCAAGACUCUUUGCAAAGUUGAAA